CUUUUAUUUCUUCUUUAGCUUGACCUUUCUUUUUCUUUUUUUUUUUCUUUUGUGAACUUAUUCUGGAAGAAAAAAAAAAGAGAAAGAAAAAGAGAUUAAAAGAAAAUAAGAACAAGUUAGGAUAUCUUUUAUCUAUACAUUACAGAUUGUAAUAUUGAUUAAUUUCAUUCUAUUCUUUAUUUCUUUUUCUUUUUUUUUAACAUCUUGAGCUAAAGAUUCCUUCUCCCUUUCUCUCCUUUAUAUACAAUGAAUUCUAAUGUGUUUCGUUGUAUUCAACAAGAUAGCAAUUCUAAUUCGUAUGCCUGUUAUAGCUAUUAUAACGAACUUAAUAGCAAUGACUUGGAAGAACGACAUGAAGCUUGUUAUGACACUAUAAAAGGGCAAGAUUACAUACAAUAUAAUUCCAGUAUGCUGGAUACCAUUGCUGAAGCUAAUCUUCAAGAUUAUUACUACUAUUGUCUCGAACAAUUAAAAUGGUAUCAGUCUCAGAAGGAAUACAUGAAUGAUACUGACGGUGAAUACGAAGAAGAGAUUGAGGAAAUAAACAACAACCUUUGUGGUUUGCAAUAUUCUUCCGAAAUACAACAGCAGCAAAACUAUGAUUAUUAUCAAAAUGAUUCACUGCUUCACCUUGUGGUUAACGUCCAAAAUUACUUAGCUGAACAAGCUGAUUAUUAUAACCAUCUUGCAAAAAAUGAAUCUCCAUUGUAUGAUCUCCAAUAUAAAAUGCAUACAUACAUACGUCAGAAGGAAUCAGACUUCAUUGCAUAGCAAAGUGGAUAUAAUAAAGGAAAAAAAAAAAAAAAAAA